AUGGCAAAGAAAGCGAGAAAGAAGAACCCAGAUGACGAGGCUCCCACGGGGAAGAAGCGGGGGGGGAAGAAAAAGGAGAGUUACUCGGAGGAGGUGAAGGAAAUGGACAGAAACGAUGAGGGGGAGGAAGAAGACCAAGCUGGAGAAGCGAACCAGACAAUCGCGACAGAGGCUACCACUGUGACAAACGCGACAAAGGCAAUCAGUGUGACAAACUCGACCAGUGUGACGAGUUUCACGGGGGAGGCGCGCCUCGUUCCGCGGACCGCGGGCAGGGGCAGGGUGUGCCCGUACCUGCGUACCAUCAACAGAAACCUGCUUGACUUUGAUUUCGAAAAGUUGUGCAGCAUCAGCAUGUCCAACCUGCACGUAUACGCAUGCCUAGUCUGCGGAGUGUACUUCCAAGGAAUAGGAAAAGGAACCUACGCAUACACACACGCAUUGGAGAAGAACCAUUAUGUCUUCAUCAAUCUGGAGACGUGCAAAACAUGCUGCCUCCCAGAAAAUUACGAAAUCGAAGAUGCAUCUUUAAAUGAUAUAAAAUAUUUCUUAAAACCAACGUAUAGCAUAGAGCAAGUAGAAUACAUCUGUCGUAAUUCCAUUUUGGGAAAAUCGCUAGAUGGUGCCGAUUUUUUUCCUGGGUUUGUAGGACUCAACAAUUUAAAACAUACGGAUUACUGCAAUGUUAUUAUUCAGCUUGUGUGCAGCAUCAUUCCAUUGAGAAAUUUUUUUUUAGUAUUCGAAAAUAAGAAAUAUAUGACGAAAAAUAUCAUUUCCUCCUUAUCUGAACUGAUUAAAAAGAUUUUUAACCCUCGAAAUUUUAAGGGCGUUGUUUCCCCACAUGAGUUUCUGCAAACAGUGGGCAUUGAGUCCAAGAAGAGCUUCAAAAUUGGCUCGAAAAACGAUCCGCUCGACUUUUUUCUCUGGCUAAUUAGUAAAAUACAUAGGUAUGAGGAGAGGGCGCUACGAAAGGGUGUGAAGGGUAGGACGGGCAAGAAGAGGAAGAUUGGUCAAAGGGGAGAAGACGCCAAAGGGGCAAAUGGACCAUCGGGCGGGAAAAAUAGAGGGGAGGUACAAGAAGAAGAAGUUGAACAAAACGAAGAAGAAGAAGAAGAAGACGAAAAAAACGAAGAAGGCAAAAUUAAACCUGGGCACCACCUCUCACAGUUGAACGCUAUGUUGUCUUCGUCCAGCGAGUCGCACAUGUCGGAAGAGGCCGACCCUGGCAUCGAUUCAGCAACGAAAAGGAAAAGAAAAAAAAAAAAAAAAAAAAAAAAUGGAAGUACGACAAAGUAA